AUGAAAAGACACUUCUUAGGUUUUGUGGCGUUUGUUUUUCUGCCACACAUCACUUACCCCCUGGAAGCCCUGGAUGACUUUGAAAUCCCCGAGGAAAUAACUACACUACGUGAAAGCAAGGACAUCUUAGGUCCUGUUCAGCUGAAGCGCAUCCAGGGAAGGACUCGUCAGGUCCUCACUGCGUCUAGUGAAAAAAACAAGACGGGCAGAAUGAUUGAAAACUAUUGCUGUUUCUGGAUAUACCAGGCUCAUCCCCCCAUUCCCCAGACUUGGAAACAUAUGGCCGAAUAUCCCUUUGACUUUCAAUUCAACGGGCAGUUUGUGAAGAAUCAACGCCACAACGCAAUUGAAGUACCUGAAGGGCAGAGCCUUAAUAAAUAACAUUGAUCUCAAUUAAUAUUUAAUACCUUCACUGAUUAUACUACAUAAAUUAAUUUCUAAUUAA